AUGGGUGUUAGCAAGCCUAAUCCCAAAUAUGCUCUUUCUAUUCAUUCUCAUGUUAAUAUUGUUGAGCCGAGUUCUUUUACCCAGGAAAAUCAGCUUGUUGAGUGGCGACAAGCCAUGGGAGCGGAAAUUAAUGCCUUGCAAAAGGCUGGUACAUGGACUCUCGUACCUUCUCAACCGCAUUUGAAUAUUCUUCCUAAUAAAUGGGUCUUUAGAAUUAAGCGGAACUUUGAUGGGUCUAUUGAGCGAUAUAAGGCAAGGUUAGUUGCCAAUGGGUUUCAUCAACAGGAAGGUCUUGACUAUGGUGAAACAUUUAGUCCGGUUGUUAAGCACUCCACUAUUCGAUUGAUUCUUGCUCUUGCUGUUAGUUUUGAAUGGCCCGUUCGCCAACUUAACGUCCAAAAUGCAUUUCUACGUGGCUCUCUUUAUGAAGAUGUGUAUAUGUAG